AUGAUUGUUUAUGGUGUUAUUCACAUUCUUUUACCUUUAAUAGGUGCUUCUGAAAUUCAACAUGAUAAAUUUGAAAAUAAUGAAUUAACUGAACGUGAUACAUUAGCGACUUAUUUACUUCAAAUUGAAUCUCAUGUAAAAUUUUGUCAAAGUUCAGCUAAAGAAUCUACUCGUCUUGAUGUUUCACAUAAAGAAUUUGUUGAAAAAACUCAUGUUUUUAUUGUUCAAUUAAAAAAUAUUGCUGAUUCACUUGAUACAACUUGCCGUGAACAAAUUGAAACAAUUAAUGCACAAUUAUCCAAUAUUGAAUUUGUUUCUACCAAAUCCAAUGAUACAACAUCACGAGAUCCUGGAAAAUUAGAUCAACACUUUACAUCAUCCAGUCACAUGUCAUCAAUGUAUCGAUUAUCAAUUUUCAAGAACAAACAUUCGAAUGUCGAAUGUUUACUUAGUGCUAAUCAUCGUCUUGCUACUCAAAAAGAAGAAUCAUUAUUUAAAAUAAACAAAAAAAUGAUUGAAACAUUUUUCGAUUGUACGUUGUUCUUGGUUAAACAAGGUAUUGCAUUUCGUCGAGAUCAUCAAGAACAUGGAAAUUUCAUUCAACUUAUUAAUUUACUUCGCCGUUAUGAUCCACUGUUAAACUCUUGGUUUAAUGAAGAAAACUAUAAAAGUCAUCAAGUUACAUAUACAAGUGCUCGUAGUCAAGAUGAAUUUCUAGAACAAAUUGGUACUUUUGUUAUUAGUUCUAUUGUUCAACAAGUACAAAAUGCACCAUUUUACUCGAUUAUGAUAGAUUCUACACCAGAUUAUAGUCAUAGAGAAAUCUAUUCAUUAGUACUUAGAUAUGUUCAUGUUGGUUUAAAUGUUAAUGAACGUGUUCUUCGUUUAAAUGAAUUACCAUCAAAAACUGGUCAAUCCAUUUGUGAUUUUAUUCUCGAUACGCUUAAUCAACGGUGGUCAGCUAAUAAUGAAUCAGUUAGUGCUAUUCAUCGUUCGAUGCCAGAAAUCAUCAAUACAUUUAAUUUAAUUAUCAGUUAUAUUGAUGAUAAAAAGAAUAACGACAUAAAUGAUAAUCUUACACUAGAAGAUAGAAAAACAAAACAACAAUCUAUUAAUUUGCAAAAAAAAGUUUUGUCAUUUGAAUUUACUUUACUGUUAAAUUUUUUAAAUCAAGUAACACGACAAACUCAAAGUCUUACAGAUCAUCUACAAAAGAAAUCUCUUGAUCUUGUUACAGCUUCUCAUCUCUUGCGUAAUACAAAUAAAAUUUUAUCGGAAUGGAGAAAUGAUGAUUUAUUUUUACAGCGAUUGAUUAAGGAAUGUGAUGAUCAAGUUUUACGUAAUGAUGUUGAUAUUAAUGAUGAAUUUUCUCGAUAUCAUCACCAACGACCACGUUCUUUAAUGAUUGAUUCUAAUUUUAAAACAGGUGUUCGUUUACAUCGGUACAGUAUUUCAAGUGGUGAACUUUUAUAUUCAGAAUUACAACUUCUGAUAAAGGAUAUUGACAGUUUUACUGAACUACCAGAAGUUAUUAAUAAACUUCAAAUAAUCGGUAAUGGAUAUCCAAAUGCUACACGAGUUUAUCAAUUUCUUCUUGCAUUACCAAUAACAGUGGCAACAAAUGAACGUUGUUUUCCGAAGUUAAAAUUAAUUAAAAAUAAAUUAAGAUUCACAUUGACGACUGAUAAAAUGGAAUGGUUAAUACUUUGUUCAACUGAAAGAGAUUUAUUAGAAAAUAUUAAUUUAUCGAACUUUGCUGAUGAAUGGUCACGUUUAAAGAACAGCCGACUAAAAAUUGUAUCGAAUUAA